GGCCCGAGCCGGGAGGAGCGAGGCCAGAGGGGCGAGAGGGCCACGCUCCGGCUGCGGGCUGCAGCGCGCGGGAGACCAUGUCCAGCGGCAGCAGCUGCAGCCAGACCCCAAGCCGGGCCAUCCCCGCCACUCGCCGGGUGGUCCUCGGCGACGGCGUGCAACUGCCGCCCGGGGACUACAGCACCACCCCCGGCGGCACGCUUUUCAGCACGACCCCGGGAGGUACCAGGAUCAUCUACGACCGGAAGUUCCUGAUGGAGUGUCGGAACUCACCUGUGACCAGGACGCCCCCACGGGACCUGCCCACCAUCCCGGGGGUCACUAGCCCCACGGGUGAGGAGCCUCCCACAGAAGCCAGCCAGAACCACCUGCGCAGCAGCCCGGAGGACAAGCCGGCGGGCGGUGAAGAGUCACAGUUUGAGAUGGACAUUUGAAGGACCAGCCAUCGGAUCAGGCAAUGCCUCUGGGCUCCAAUGGCCUCUCGGGAGAAGAGCCACACCAGCCAGGCCUUAAGCAAGCGACCAUCCUGCGCAGGCGUAGGGCGCGGGGUCGGCCACCCCAGCCCCCUGCUCCCUCACUCAGGGCACCUGCUCCCCUUUCCUCUUCAUGGACACCAGCAGAUACCUCCAUGUGCCUCCCUCCCUGCAGGAGCUGUCACCCCAAGGAGAGGAACCUCAGGCACACCCUGCAGCCCAGGGCAAGCCAGUGGACACAGACAGGAGCCCUUCUGAGUGGUCCUCCGGCUCUUCCAGCCCCGUCCUCUGGGGGCGCACCUGCCCCUUCCUUAGGACGGUGUGGAAAAACUCCCCUCCCUCCCUUCCCAAGAAAGGAAAUAAAAGCCACCUUCGCCCUAGGGCCCAGA